UCUCCAUAUCCUUGGCUAUUCUUCUGCUAGCUAGAAAUUAAGGGAGAGCAGAUGGCUGCCCAUUUUCUCUUCCUUGCCCUCCUUGCUCUGGCUUCAUCUCACGCCAUUGCUUCUGAUCCUAGUCAACUCCAAGACUUCUGUGUUGCUGAUCGUAAAUCAGAUGGUGAUGUGUUCAUAUUUCCUCAAGGUCUCAUCCAUUUCCAAUUCAACUAUGGGAAGACAAAUGCUGUUGCUAUUGCCAGUCUCAGUAGCCAGAACCCUGGCGUCAUCACCAUAGCCAAUGCAGUCUUUGGAGCAAAGCCACCAAUCUCUGAUUAUGUUCUUGCCAAGGCCUUCCAAUUGGACAAGAAGACUGUGGAUUGGCUCCAAACCCAAUUCUGGAUGGACAACAACAACUAGAAACUGCAUACAAAUUUCUUGAUGUAAAAGUUGGACUGAAUUAUUUAUACUAUUCUAUUUGAAUAAGCAAACAAUACCAACAUAUCUAUUUGAAUAAACAAUAAUAUAUGUCGUUGAUGGUCGACUUCCUCAA